AUGGCACUCAAGAAGUUAUUCGCGAACCGCUCCUCCAUUCAAAAUAGCAACAAGACGGUGACGAGUGCUGCCGCUCUCACCCUCAGACAGAGCCUUUGGCCACUCACGAUUGUCACUAUACUUUUCUUCCUUUGGGGUUUCGCUUACGGAUUACUUGACACCUUGAACAAGCACUUUCAAGUCACAUUGGGUAUCACUAGAGCUCGCUCAUCCGGACUUCAGGCAGCUUAUUUCGGUGCCUAUCCGCUAGCAUCUCUCGGUUAUGCCAACUGGAUUCUCCGCCAUGCUGGCUACAAAGCCGUCUUCAUCUUUGGACUAUCGCUUUACGGUAUCGGUGCCCUCAUGAUGUGGCCAGCAGGCGUAUACCAGUCUUUUGGCGGCUUUUGUGGGGCCACAUUCAUUAUCGGUUCUGGUCUCGGUUCCCUCGAAACUGCUGCUAACCCGUUCAUCGUGGCUUGCGGCCCACCACGAUAUGCGGAGAUCCGCAUCAACGUCAGCCAAACGCUCAAUGCUGUCGGUACUAUUGUCGGCCCAUUGCUGGGCUCAUACGUAUUCUUCACCGGAACCCAGGACACUGUUUCAGCUCUGAAAAGCGUGCAAUGGGUCUAUCUCGGCAUUGCCUGCUUCGUGUUUCUACUAGCGGGCGUCUUCUUUUUCAGCAGUAUUCCUGAAAUUUCUGAUGCCGACAUGGAAGCUCAAGUUCAAGAAGCACAAGUUGAGGGACGAGAGGCCUCGUUCUGGAAGCAGUAUCGGCUCUUCCACGCUGCUUUUGCGCAAUUCUGCUAUGUAGGAGCACAAGUCGCCGUUGCGGGUUAUUUCAUCAACUAUGCUGUCGAAACUCGGCCAGGCACAAGCACGGCUACCGGAUCCAAGCUUUUGUCCGGCGCUCAAGGCGCCUUUGCGGUUGGCAGAGUGCUCGGUACUAUACUGAUGAAGUUCGUGCGACCAAGAUAUGUUCUUCUAGCUUUCAUGUGUGGUGCUGCUAUCUUCAUUGCUCCCGCCACAAAGGAACGUGGUAACACUGGUAUCUCUUUCAUGUUCCUUGUUCUCUUCUUUGAGUCCAUUUGUUUCCCCACAAUUGUAGCACUUGGCACACGCGGACUCGGUCGUCAUUACAAGCGCGGUUCAGGUUGGAUCAUCGGGGGUGUUCUGGGCGGCGCUGCGGUACCACCGCUCCUCGGCGUGGUCGCCGAUAUGCAUAACAACACUGGUAUAGCGAUGGUAGUUCCUCUAUCAUUUUUUGUUGCAGCCGUAUCGUACCCAAUCGCUUUGAACUUCGUUGCUUCGUAUCGCAUCCCCGCCGAUGCAUCGACUGAUAGUACGGUGGGUCUCAUCGAGCCUAACAGUGGGGAGAAGUACAUGCAGGGCAGCGAUUUGGAACAAAUUGAGGUAGCUGCAUCGAAGGUGUGAGAGUGAAUCAACCGCGUGUAAAGGCGGUGGGGAUUCAAAGCGAGAGACCAGAUCCGUAUUCGUGUGAUUGAUGUUGGCCUGAUAAAACACAUGUAUCGCACUUCAGACUGCUGGGAAAUAGCACCGCUUCAGUGCCUCAUAUGGCGAGACCUCUUCCACCUUGGCUCCAUCUAUACAAUCUUAACAUGUCUUUCCUCAUAUC